ACAAUGACUGUCGUCGUCGUCUUUCUCAUCGUUCUCCAGAAACUAGAAACCCUAAUUUCAAAUUCGAAAAUGGCGACACAAAAUCAAACCAUACAUCUCACAGAGGCGAUAUGGACGGAGAUUAUAGCGAGGUUACCAUUGAGAAUCAUCGCUAGAUUCAAACUGGUAAGCAAAACAUGGAAAUCAACAAUCGAAUCAGUCUACUUCCGCCGUCUCUUUGUGUCUGUGCACCGAAAAUCCUCAACCUCGUGGUCGCUAAUGUGGUACGGAUUAAAAGAUCUCAUAGGUUUCCAUGGAUGCGAGACAUGGGGUCUUCCAAAGUCUCUAUCUUUUUAUAUCCCAUCGUCUCUUUACAUUGUUGCGGCGUCUUCCCAUGGAUUGGUUAUGAUUUCAGAGUAUGAUCAUGCUUGCUGCUUUGUGGGCAAUCCAGUUUUACAACAAUGGAUCCAAAUCCCUCCAGCUCCAGGUUAUUCUUCUGUGUUAGGUUUGGUGACUCGCGUGGACGACUAUGGCUUUGUUUUGGGCUUCAAAGUGGUUAGGUUAGCUGAAAUGCGACCGACGAAUAAUGAUGUCUCCGGUACUUUGAGUGUGUUUUUGUAUUCCUCUGAGACUGGGAUUUGGACUUCUAAGAUAAUUCACUGCCCUUGUCGAAUCACCAACACUGCUUCUUUGACUUUGGAUGGUUCAAUUUACUUUAACCAUCUUAGUGAACCUGGAGUACUCGUAGCUUAUGAUUUCUAUUCUGAAUCCUCCGAUCAAUUUCGGGUUAUACCUCUCCCAGAUCAUCCGAAUCACGGCUUCAAUCACAACUUCAAAGGUGCUUUGACUACGUCCCACGGAAUUUUCAUGUAUAUCAGAACAUUAGCUCAAUCCUCGUCUAAUGUUUUCAAGGCUUGGAGGUUGAACAAUGAUUUAUCCUGGCAACUUUUGUGGAAUAUCGCCCUCCCGCUACUUAUCGGUGAUUAUCUACCUAUGGCAAUGCAUCCAUUUGAUAGUGACACAGUCUAUCUAUGGAGUCAAGAUAAUCGUCAUGUGGUAUCAUGUAACUUGCGGACUCAGAAGAAUAGAAUCCUCGGAGCUGAAGAUAAUGAUGAUGAUCAUCUAGAUUGUUUCUUCAACCAGCCUAUUUGUGAGGAGUGUAUGGAUGAGAUAUGCAGGUAUAAAGUUUCUGUCAGGUUAUUACAAUUGGUGCUCCCACGGUGGAUGGAAUCGGCGCUUUGUCCUCCCCAAGUUGAGAUGAUAGAUACAUCUUCAUUACAUUCUUACGUUAAGUCAAUGCAAGAGACAAGAAGAAGGAAUUGGAACCAAUGAUUUCAUUUUGGUUUUCUGGUUUUCUUUCUCAUCUCUUACGUUAAGUCAAUGCAAGAGACAAGAAGAAGUAAUUGGAAUCAAUGAUUUUUUUUU